CUCCUUGACUCUCUCUUCGUCUUCUUCGUUUCUUCGUUUCUUCGUUUCGAAGCUCUCUGUGAUGGCGUGCCCUAGAAACUCCAUAACAUACAACGCCACGCGCUGCGCGUGCGGUAUCGGUCAGCUGCUAAACCGGAGUUCCGGGAGCUGCGAGAUCUUCGGUUGGCCGUCGACGAUCUCAACGGACAAAGAUGUUAACUACAGCGUAAUAUCAUUCGCCGAUAAUUUAUUCGCUUUCGAUAGGAUCCGUAAGUUCACGCAAUCUCAAGCUGUUUUCUUAGAAGCCACGCUCGUGAUGCUUCUCUCCUGGUUAGUCUUUUGCUUCUUCCUGAGAUUCACCAAACUCGGCGAUGGUCGUAAUGUCUGGUUCAAUCUCCGUUGGUGGAUUACUCGCCUUGACGUCUUCUUCUCCACUAGACAUUGGCUCGAUGAUCAACAAAUUGUCAAGAAACGUAAAACAGAACUUGGUGGAACAUUAUCUGUUGCAAGCUGGAUUGUUUUCAUUGGAUUAUUCGCUGCGCUGCUUUAUCAAAUCAUAACCAAGAGAACAAUUGAAGUUCACAAUGUGAGAGCUACUGGUUCUCCGGAUUUGAUCUCAUUCGAGAACGAUUUGGAGUUUAACAUUACUGCUGUUUCUGAUAUGAGUUGCUCUAAUUUACGCGGUAUUGGGAAUGUGGUCACUGGUAAUCCCGGUUUCAGCGAGUUCAAAGUUGCUGCUCUUUCCAGUUUAGGAAGCUAUGCUUGUAAGAAUACAACUUCAGGGCCAACUGUGAAUUUCAAGUGUACCAAAUGUCGUCUCACCAGCGAUUAUAUCUAUAUCUCGUGGCAUUUCGUUGAUCUUCCUGAUUCGCCUGCCGCUGCUGUUGGAUUUCAGUUUAACUUUACGUCUAAGAAUGGAGAUAACAAGAAGCAUAUGAGUUUUGUUAGUGGCACUCUGAGAAACGGAAGCAUCCUUGAUGAAAGUCCGGUUACUUUCCGUGGAACCGAAGGGAACAUAUUGAAGUUUAAUCUGUUUCCUCGGAUUUACCAUCAUUUGCAUGAUCUUAAGCUAAUCCAACCUCUGUUUCACGAGUUUAUCCCUGGCUCAGUUUACCGAGACACUACUCUGCUUCAGGCAUCUAUGGGAAGGUCAACAGAUGGCAUACUCAACACCACGUUGUUCAUCAACUAUCUGUCUGCUUAUAUUGUUGAGAUCGACCAUGAAAAUAUACUCGGUCCUGUUAGCUUCCUAGCCGAUCUUGGUGGUUUGUAUUGCAUCAGUAUUGGCAUAUUUUUCUACCUACUAGUGCAGUGUGAGUAUAGGAUCAAGAAGCUGCGAAACGAAGAUACCGUUUUCAGGAAGAUAAGGAAUCGUCGUAAAGCUCUAGAUCACUGGGAUAAACUGAGAAGAUAUGUUGCAUACACAUGGGAUUGCAGCAUAUUGGUCGAUGAUGCCAUCAAAACGACAAAUUUAUCAGGAAUUUGUUGUUUAACGAGACCCUCAACAUCUUCUAAUAGCUCGGAACGUGGGCAAUCGAUCAUGUCGAACAAGAAACCUAACUUAAGUAUUGAGAAGAAUGUAAUUCCACAACCUGCAAGUCUAGAAAUGAGCUCUUUUGAUUCGGCUUCUUCUCUGGCGCAUGGAGAUAAUUUCUCAAAUAAGAAGAGUACGACUCAUCAAGUUUCUCAUAGUGAAGACGAUUCAAUCCCUCCACCUCCUCCAAUGGAGUUCACUGAAGGGUCUUCUGGUUCAGAAGUGGACGCAAUGGACAUCAAGAAGAAAUUUCAACUUCUUUACGACUACAAUGUAUUGCUUAGGGAAAAACUUUUAGACAUACAGUCUUUGCUUAAUGCUUUGGCACCCAAAGCAUCAUCAUCAUCUUCAACCGCGGAACACGGUGCCUAGAACAUGAGGUUGUCUGACAUGUAUUGUUUGUAUACUCCCUGUAUCUUCCACAUUUAUUGAACAAAAGGAAUGACUAAUGUUUGUUGUAUCUUUGUGAAUAUACCAAGUUGCUAGUAGUAACACAUUUUUGCUUUUGAUUCUA